UUGAGGACCAACUGUGUUAUACUCAAGUCAAACUUAAAGUAUCAGUGACUCAAUUAUAUAGUCAAUAUGGUUUCAUGAAGGAAGUUACUAAGGAAAUUCUUGCCUUACAAGUUACAAAUCUUUUGGUAUUCUUUGAAAAGGUUACUACUUAUGUAGAUUAUGACAUAAGAAAAAAAUGAGUGAAGAUGAUUUUGAAGCCCAACUUAAGCUAGAAAAGCUUGAAAAACAAAAACAAGAAACAGAUUGGAGUUUACCUAGCCAGGGUGAUCCCUACACAUAUGUUGAUCCAACUGAUGGAACUGUAUUUGAGUGGGACAGUCAGAAAAAAGCUUGGUUUCCCAAGAUUGACGAUGAUUUUAUUGCAGCUUAUCAAGCAAAUUAUGGUGUCAGUGAAACCUCAACAUCACAAAGCCAAGAUGCAUUAUCUACCACGUCUACAUUGUCUGACAUCGAUUCACAAGAAAUAGCUGGAAAAAAGAGAAAAGCCAAUAAUGAACCAGGCUGGUUUGAUGUGGACGAGGCUCAUAACACCAAUGUAUAUGUGGCAGGUUUACCUCUUGACACCACAGAAGAAGAGUUUGUUGAGGUGAUGAGUAAAUGUGGACUAAUAAUGAAAGACCCUGACAGGGGCCUUUAUAAGAUUAAACUCUACAGAAAUCCUGAUGGCUCUGUGAAAGGUGAUGCUCUCUGUUGCUACAUAAAGGUUGAGUCGGUUGAUCUAGCACUGAAGAUCCUGGAUGGCAGUAGAGUUAGAGGGCAUGUUAUCCAUGUAGAGAGGGCCACAUUUCAGAUGAAAGGGAAGUACGAUCCAAGCAAGAAACCUAGAAAGAAGAAAUCCAAAGAAAAAGAAAAACUGAAAAAAAAAUUGAACAAAUUAUUUGAUUGGAGGCCAGAGAUGCUACGUGGACAGAGGCUAAGAUGUGAACGGGUUGUGGUCAUAAAGAAUAUGUUUGAUCCAAAAGAAUUUGAAGUUGAUGCUACAUUAAUUUUGGAGUACCAGAAAGAUCUAAGAGAUGAGUGUUCCAAAUGUGGGGAAGUGAAAAAAGUCACAAUUUAUGAUCGCCACCCUGAAGGAGUAGUGUUGGUUACAUUCAAAGAGCCAGAAGAAGCAGACCAGUGUAUAGCACUUAUGAACAAGAGAUGGUUUGCUGGAAGGCAACUAUCUGCAGAAACCUGGGAUGGACGCACAAAGUACACAGUUAUAGAAACUGAAGAUGAAAAAAAAAAGAGGUUAGAAACAUGGGAAGGUUUUCUUGAAGGUGGAACUAAAACAGAUAAACCAGUGCAAGAAGAAUGUAGUGUAAAAAUGGAACCAAUUUUAAAAGACCAACCAAGCACAGAACAGCAAGCAUCAACUUUAGAAACAGCAGAAAAAGAGGUUGUUGCUGAUAAGCUAAAUGAUGGUUUUGAUAAUCUGCAACCAGAUACCAACCAGUUGGUGGAAAAUGAAGAUGGAAAUAUAACACCAGAAGCAGAUAGUGAAGGGGAAUGGGAUGCCACACCACCAAGCAAUUAAAAGAGGGGUUUGAGUGAUGAAAGUUAAUAAGUUGGCCAUGAUUUGCUUCAUCUCUUGUGUAAAUAUACAUAUAUGAUACCUGAAACUUUUGCUCAGUUUUAAAGAGCAUUGAUGUAUUUAAUACAAGCAUCAGUAAACAAAUUACAACUUGUAUUUACGUGUUUUUCCACCAGAAACUCAUUAGUUUAAUUUCACUAUGGCACUAACAUUUUGUUCUUGAAAAAUGAAAUUCAUAAUUGACAGUGUUUCAUUAGGUAAUAUAAGUAUCAUCAGAGGACAAAUCUUUUGAGUAAAAUAUUCUUUUUUUCUCUUUUA